AUGCCGGUCCCAGUACAGAUAGCCUACAAGCCCAUAGGCAAGCCCGAGAUCGGAGUAAACAACUAUCAAGGCUUCCAUCCAGGCAAGACAGAACUUCUUCCCAAAGGCUGGAACGGCAACAACGCCAAACCUCUAGAAAGCGACGUCCGCGUCGAGCACGAUGUCGAGAUUGUCGUUCGAGAUGGCUGCAGACUUUGCUACGGCAAGAAGUACAGCGCUUUGAGCAUGCUGCCCAUGACGGUGUGGCAAUGCUGCGUCAAGAAGGAGGACCUAUCUGGUAUCGAGAAAUUCGAAGGGCUGGAUCCGCAGAAGUGGUGUCCGCGAGGUUAUGCGAUCAUCAGCGUGGACAGCAGAGGUACUGGCAACAGCGAUGGACAAAUACCAAUCAUGGGCUCUCAAGAUGCUGAAGAUGCAUACGAUGUGAUUGAAGCACUGGCCAAGAAGCCUUGGUGCAAUGGUAAAGUGGGUAUGGCAGGCAAUUCAGCACUGGCCAUCAUUCAAUGGCAUACGGCCCAGCUCCAACCACCUUCCCUCGCAGCCAUUGCUCCUUGGGAAGGUAGUGGUGACCUCUUCCGCGAGCAAUUCUGCCGAGGAGGCGUGUUCUCAAUGUCAAACUUCGACCUCAUCACUCGUGAGAUCAUCAAAGGUAAUUCAGGCGUCGAAGAUUUUGCCGAGAUGUAUCGACGCAGCCCUGUCGCAAAUGCAUACUGGAACGACAAAAGGGCAGAUAUGACGAAGAUCAAGUGCCCCGUCUUCAUCUCUGGUUCCGAUUUCAGUUCCAUUCACACCAUGGGUGCUGUGCGAGGCUAUAUGGAGGUCCCUCACGACAAGAAAUGGAUCCGUUGGUCGAGUCAUCAAGAAUGGUACGAACUGUACUGCGACGAUCACGCCGAUGCCGAAUUACACGAGUACUUCGAUCUCUUCCUCAAAGGCAUACCAACCGACUUCGAGAAAAAGACUCCCAAAGUGCGUUGGUCAGCACUUCAAUUCGGCGACAGACCCGCAAUCGACAACAUCCCCUACCCCGACUUCCCAAUCCCAAACACAGACUACAAAACCUUCUACCUCUACAACAACACCCUCAACAGUACCCCCUCCUCAACCACCUCCACAUUAUCCUACAACUCCGAAGACGCCGCCUCCUUCGCAGAAUUCACACACACCUUCCCCACCAAAACCCGCCUCAUCGGCCUUCCGAAAGCCGUCCUACACAUGUCCUGCCCCACACACAACGACCUCAACGUCUUCAUCCACCUCCGCAAACUCUCCACAACCGGCGAACCUCUCCUCCACCUCUGCUUCCCCUUCUCCGCCGCCCCCGUAAACUCCAUCUCGGAAAUCCCCGCCCACCAACGCCAAAGCACAAAUCUCCACACCGGCUCCGUUGGCGUCCUCCGCGCCUCUCAUCGAGCUUUCGACCCCAAACGAAGCAUCCAUCCGAAUUUCCCAUUUCAUCCUCACGAGAAAGAAGAGAAAAUCAAACCUGGAGAUGUUGUGGAACUCGAAAUUGGGAUUUGGGCAAUGGGUGUGGAUUUCGAUGAUGGAGAGAGUUUGAGUGUGCAGAUUGGAGGUCAGUUUCCUAGUAUUGCCGAGUAUAAGGCUUGGAGUGAGCCGAGGCCCGAGUGGGAGAGGAAUAAAGGAGAACAUAGGAUUCAUGUGGGAGGGGAGGAGUGGAAGAGUAGGAUUAUUUUGCCUUUUGUGCCGAUUUGAUUUGUAGAAGGGAGAGGGAAGGAAGGUAAUAUAUAUGAGGCGAAAAGAAAAGAUCAAGAGAAGGUGACUUUUAAUGAGUAGCUGGCGAAUGGGGGCACGGAUUUUGCUCU